AAGUCGCGUCUUCCAUAACAUCCCUUCAAGCGGGAUUGUUUGUUGCUGACCGCUGACACAAAAACUUCUGUAACAGUCUCAAAUAGCUGCUUUUUAUUUAGAAGACAUGGCCCUACCGACUGAAACGGAUUUACUACCUAGCCUUGCAUGUUUGAAAAAUGUUGAUGCCUUGCUUCGGUGUCCCAUUUGCUUCGACUUCCUCAAUAUUUCAAUGAUGACUAAAUGUUCUCACAACUUUUGCUCCUUGUGCAUCAGAAAGUUUUUUUCAUAUAAGUUGCUGUGUCCAGUUUGCAAUGCACAAGCAACGGAACAAGAUCUGAGAAACAACCGUUUAUUGGAUGACUUGGUAGUAAACUUUCAAACUGCAAGGCAGCAUUUUUCAAAAGCUACUUUUGACUCUCCUCCAAUAUCGCCAAAGACCCCUGUCUCAGCUGUCAAAUGCAAAACUCCCAGAGAGAAGGUCCAGAAGUGUAGCAAUUCUGUUUUGAGUCACUUUUUCCAGAAGAGGCCCAAAACAUCUCCCACUAAAGAAACACAGCAAGAUGGUUCAGUUUCUCAUUGUGUUAAACAAGGAAAAGUACAGAAUGCACACACCAACAAUGGAAAUGAUGCCGACCUCAAUUCAGUUACUGGUCAAGGUCCAGUAAAUGUGAAGGAGGAGCCGAUGGAUGUGGGUGAGACCUCUUUCCAGGGGUUGAUGUCAAUCAAACAAGAGGACACAGGCUCGACCAGUAUGGGGACUUGGGAUGAGACUGCACAUUCCUCUUCACCAUCAAAAGAACCCGUAAUCAAAGUGGACUGCCCUGUGUGUUCUGUAAGUGUGUCUCAGAAAUUUAUCAACCAUCAUCUAGACACAUGUCUUUCCAGAGGAGAGAAGAAGGAAAGCUUAAGGAGCUCACUUGGCAAGGCGAGGCGCCCAAUGGGGAAGGUGGUGUACAACCUGCUUUCCAUGCAGGAAUUGAAGAGAAGGCUAAAGGAAUGCCAUCUGUCAGUGCAGGGCUCCCGAGACCAGCUGAUCAAAAGACACCAGGAUUUUGUCCAUAUUUACAAUGCCCAGUGUGACUCCAUAAACCCCAAAGCAGCUGAAGAUGUUGCCAAAGAGGUGGAGGCCAAUGAGAAGAUCAGAAAUCAGCUAAAGAAGAAAACCAAACAUGUUAUGAUUUUCUCAAAGAAUCAGUCGGAGACGGAGAUUGAUGAGUUGCAUUCAAAUUAUAGGAAGCAGAACAGCAAUGACUUCUCUCGCCUGGUUGCCCAGGUCAGGAGUCGCCUUGAGACCACCAGGCAGACGCGAAUCAAACAGGACGACAUUGAGGAAGAAAAGGAUGCACUGAAAACACACUCUGCAGAUCAAGUUGCAGAAUCAAAGAGUUAUUUAGAGAUCAAGGUAGAAGAUGACGAGGUUGAUGAGGAGCCAUCUGCGAGAGGGAUUGAAUUGUCACCCAGCCCCGCUAACAGUGAUGUGUCCAUCAGCAGUUCUGUGUCAGACAUCUUUGGUCCAGAGCCAGGCAGAAACCACGAGUCUGCUGGUGAAUGGCAGAGGAAGAGAAGGCGAGACUUAGGUGCCUGGGGGAAUACCUUGGAAGACUGGGCGGCCGAGGACUCGAGCGAGGAUCCCUCGGAGACCGAAGUGUCCACCUCCUCAUCUGCACCUUCUGCUGAAAACCGCAUCACACCUGGGCAAAGACUUACGGAAAAAACUCCUGCCAAAAAGCGAACAUCCAGCUCCAGAGAAACCGAUCACACUUCAUCAACUAAUCUGGGAAAACGCUGCCGUAAAACGUAAGGAGAGACAGAAGACUGGUGAAGGAGAGAGAAAAGACAGGUCUCUCGCUUACCAGUAAACCUUUGACUGACUUUGAAGCGCAUCAUGCAGUGAUUUUCAUGCACAUUUCCUGUCUGGUAUUUCCAUGUUUCUUUAUGUUUCUUUUUAUACAUUUUUAACAGUUUAAAUAAUGUUUAGUAUAAUUGUUUAGCAUGAUGAACCGUGGCCUUCAGUAUUUCAUUAGAUUAUGGAGAUCCUCUACCUCAGGAGUGAAAGGAUUAUAAUAUCAAUACUUGAAUUUUUUUCAACACAACUUUCCACCACAGCGUUUGAAAGAUUUGAUUUGGGUUUGUUAGUUAU